UCGACAUCUCCGGCUGCACCAUGGCCCUGAAGGCCGAAGGCGCCGCACUUGACUGCUUCGAGGUGACGCUCAAAUGCGAGGAAGGGGAGGACGAGGAGGAGGCCGUGGUGGUGGCCGUGAUUCCGCGGCCGGAGCCGAUGCUCAGAGUGACCCAACAGGAGAAGACCCCACUGCCCAGGCCCAGCCUGCUGGAGGCAGGCUGCAAUAGCUGUGAAGAGCCCAAGCAGCAGGUGUCUUGGGAGCAGGAGUUCCUGGUGGGGAACAGCCCGGGAGGCAGCGGGCGGGCGCUGUGCAUGGUGUGUGGGGCUGAGAUCCAGUUCCCUUCGGCGGACACAGCGCGCGCGCACAUCCUGGAUCAGCAUCCUCACACCCUGGACCUGAGCCCUUCUGAGAAGAGCAACAUCCUGGAGGCCUGGAGUGAAGGGGUGGCCCUUUUGCAAGAUGUCAGAGCUGAGCAGCCUUCCCCACCCAACUCAGACUCUGCCCAGGAUGUUAGUGCGGACCCUGACUCUGCUCCAGACCCUGCCAGAAUGCCAGCAGAGAUUGUCGUUCUCCUUGACUCUGAGGACAGCACAUCCCUUCCUAGAAGGACCCGGCCCAGGGGACUCCGCCCCCUUGAACUUCCUGCUGCCCCUGCCACAGAGCCAGUAAAUAAGAAGCCCCGUGGUCAGAGAUGGAAGGAGCCCCCUGAGGAAGAGCCCGUCAGAAAGAAGAGAGGCAGAUCCAUGACCAAAAACCUCGAGCUGGACCCAGACUCUGACUCAGACCCCCCGUCGUCACCUGACUCAGCCACAGAGACUUUCACAGCUCCCACUGAAGUCCGACACUUCACUGAUGGUAGCUUCCCUCCCGGCUUCGUCCUCCAGCUCUUUUCCCACACCCAGCCAAGGACCUCAGACAGCAAGGAUGCACCCAAAGAGGGGAGAGCAGCCGAAGGAAGCCUUCCCCAGCCAGAAAGCCCCUCUCCAGCUCCCCCUCCGGGGCUUCGCGGAACACUGGAUCUUCAGGUUAUCCGAGUGAUGGAGGAGCCCCCGGCAGUCAGCCUACUGCAAGACUGGUCCAAGCAUCCCCAGGGCACCAGGGGUGUGGGAGCAGGUGACACCCCAGAUCAGUCCAUGCUUUUGUCGGAAUGCACCACUGGGGGGUGGCAAGAGGCAGGGAGUGGUGUGUAGGUUCUUGCUUUCCCCGGGGAGGGGGUGGAGGAGGCAUUGUCCCCUUUUGGCUUCUCGAAGCUACCCACUCUGCCACCUGAUGAAGAGUGCCAAGGCAGGAUGGAGGA